AUGGUAAAUAAAGAAGAGGUGAAGAAAAAUAUAAAGGAUUUGUGCAAGAAUGACAAGUAUUCGAUUUUACUUCCCACUUAUAAUGAAGUGGAAAAUUUGCCGAUAAUAAUAUGGCUCAUUGUGAAAUAUAUGGAGGAGAGUGAGCUUGCCUAUGAAAUUAUUGUGAUAGACGAUGGUUCUCCAGAUGGAACUCUGAAUAUGGCCAAGCAAUUGCAACGUGUUUACGGCGACGAUAAAAUAAUCUUAAAGCCGAGAGAGAAAAAACUGGGAUUAGGAACUGCUUACAUGCAUGGAAUUAAAUAUGCAACUGGAAACUUUAUUGUUAUCAUGGACGCUGAUUUAUCUCAUCAUCCCAAAUUUAUUCCAAAAAUGGCUGAAUUACAACGAUAUCUGAACCUGGACGUAGUCAGUGGUACAAGAUAUGCAUCAGGCGGUGGUGUUUGCGGCUGGGAUUUCAAAAGAAAGUUAGUCAGUAGAGGUGCAAAUUUUUUAACACAGAUUCUAUUGAGACCUGGUGCAAGUGACUUGACGGGUAGUUUUAGGCUUUAUAAAAAGGAUGUAUUGGAAAAGCUCACACAAUCCUGUGUAUCUAAAGGAUAUGUAUUCCAAAUGGAAAUGAUAGUCAGAGCUAGACAAUUUAAUUAUACAAUAGGAGAAGUGCCAAUUACAUUCGUCGAUAGGGUCUAUGGUCAAUCUAAAUUGGGUGGUUCAGAGAUUUUUCAAUUUGUAAAAGGCCUUUUAUAUCUUUUUGCUACUACGUAAUUGGAAAUGUUUAUAAGGAUAAGAUAAUCUUUAUAUUGUUGAUUCAUCAACAUCUUUUUCAAAAUUUCUUGAAAUUAACAUUCAAAAUCCAAUAUACAAAGUGUCACGUAACUUGUAUUAUCAAAAUUAUGUUUUUGAUAAUACAAAUAUACAUCAGAAGUGUCACAACAGUAAAUUUUUUUAUUUUUUAUACAAAUACACAUCAAUAGUAUCACAACUCAAAAUAAUUCAGUUCCUUGU